AUGCGUAUCACCGCGGCGACAGCGACCGUCCCCGUCGGUGCCCGAGGCGCCAAAAUGCGCAAAAGGAAGGCAAAGACCAUCCGCGCCGUCGCCGCGGCAGGCGCACUAUGGCGCCCCCAAUCGCAGCUCAUCUUCACUUCUAACGCCACAUCUGUGACAGCGACGUCGAACGGCGAACUUGGCACCUCCACAACCGCGGGGGCCAUCAGCACCAAUGGCAGCAUCAAUGGCUACACCGUCACCUCAUCAGCGCUGGCGAUAAAGGCUGCAGGUACUGGAGGCGGUGGCAGCUGUGGGGUUGCCUCGGUGCUCCCCAUGCCCACCGCGCCAUCCUCUGGUAGCGCUCAAGUUCCGCCGCUGUCGUCGUCAAGCCGCGCUGCACCGGAAAACCAGAUUUUGGCGAAUGAAACUCUCGGAGCGGUGAGGCGAUCAGGCGCCGAGGGGUUUCCGCCCUCGUGGGAGAAUGGCGUCGUCAGUUGCACGAUGCGAGGAGCUGAAAAGGCGCGCCGUCUCGCGGACGUCGCCACGACGAACGGCCUCAGCAUAGACGACUCAAGUACGUUCACCCCUGCUGAGGGGCCGCUCUGGGUGGCCGGCUGCGCCCCUCUUGAUGCUUCCAAGGCUGCAGACACCGGUGUGGGCGCCAGCGCUGCUUCAUUCGAAGGAGUGAUGGACAACUCGCCCUUCGUGUCGAGCUCCUCCUUGGCUUCUUCCGACACGGGAUGUGCGCAGCCGGCAACAGCCUCUCACGCAGACCAGCGGUCCUCAGCGACGCACCGGCGCGACAACGGCGCUCUUGCGGAGCGGCCGCAGCUACUCCUGUCGCUCGCGCAGGACAACCGGGGCUUUCUCAAUCCUGGCUACUCGUGCGACUCCUCAGGCUGGAGCAGUGAGGACAGCGGCGCCAGCGGUGAGCGUGCAGGUAGCGACGGCAGCGCCGGUGAGAGAAGGUGCCAGGGUACCCCAUCAGCGGCAUCUUUCAGUCGAGCCGCACCAUCGGAGGAGCGCGGAAAAGAGGGCGGCGGCGCGCCUCCGCCGAUGUUCACUACCCCUUUGAAUAGCGGCAGGAAUCGGACCAACCUCGCUGUCUUCCCGCUGACCGCCGCAGAGGAGCAGUCAGCCCGGCAAGUGUACGACACCUACCGAGAACAGCAAGCGAAAACGGGUUAUCGCAGAAGUCACACCAGCGCCACUAAGCACCUCUCUCACCGCUCUGCUUCCGUGCCCCCAUCUGCCCUGAGCCCUUCCACGUCUGUAGGGAAGCGUGAGUUGCUGCGGCUACUUCACGGGCUUUAUCACCGUGCACGGGCCACGAUGACAUGUAGUGCCGCUAAGACCGCCGCGCCGACGUCUGCCCCGUCGCAGAGGAAGGCGGUGCCAUCAACGAUGACCGUUAGCGCGGCAGACGUGCUGCACGAGUUUCCUUCCACCAAGUACCUGCUCAACGCGGCUGAGGCAUGCUUUGGCAGCCGUCGCUUCCGAACUCUCAUAGCUGCUGUGGAGGCAGGCAGUAACGCCCUCGUCCCCAUCGUAGUUCGAAACAACGACGGAGGAGCGCCAGCCGUGGCCACUGCGUCACGGUCACGGUUGUCGUCGUCGCCAUCUCAAGGAUUGACCGUGGAGGAGACUCUCUCCUUCUUUAGGCACCUCAAGUGUGAACUGGCCUCGGAUGUGGCCAAGCAACGGAAGAGGGGGCCGGCAGAGCCGUCCGCGAAGCCGGAAGCGGCGCUGGGGGACAAAGGGCGGAAUCGCCCAGCGACGGGUGCUCCAUCCCAGCGACUACUUGAUCUGCAGGGUUCGCAGAAGACGCGUAGUAUUUCUGCCCCCAGUUUUCAAGCUGCAUCCCAGGUGUGCCGUCUACCUUCUGCGCGGGCCGGUCGACGCAGCGGCCGACCCCCACCGACUCCUAUGGCGCGGAUGGCGCCGCGGCCUGCCACGCCGGCGUCUCCCCCACCGUCGUCUCCCUCACCGUCGUCUCCCUCACCGUCGUAUCCCUCACCGUCGUAUCCCUCACCGUCGAGGCCAGGGAUUCCCGGGGUGAUGGGGUUGCUGGGUCCUCGGAAGCCAAGUGGACGGCGUAAGGGCCCGCGCAGAAAAACAGCGCUGCCGCCGCCGUCGCCGCAUCCGUUCAAUAGCAACUCGUGCACGCCAGACGCAACUUACAGGGGUGACUUCAUCCACACAUAUGUGCAACGCAAGGCGUUUGCCGAGAUCGCCGAAGGCCAGGGCUGCCACGAUGACGCCACCGUGGCACUGGGGCAACUGGUGAAAGCGCUGCAGUGGUUCGAGCUGGCGCUCAACCCCAGCGUCAUCGAACGGAUGUGCGGGUUGCAGGUGCAGCCCGCGCGUGAAUCGCAGGACAUCUCCAUCGACUUCAGUACCUUUGUGAAGAUCAUCAACUCGGGCUUGCGUUGCCAGCGCUACAGUGGGGGCAGCGGCUCCUCUUCAGCACCUGCCUCCGCGUCGGCGGACAACGACGACAAUCCGCAGUCCAACGCGUUUGUGCUGGUGUUGCCCCCAGAGGCGCCUGCACGGGCUUCCCCUGUGGCGCCGCCCAUUUCCGGUUUGACGGCGGCCGACGGUGCAUUGCUCAGCACGGGUAGCGGGGGUGUGCCUUGCGCUAAGGCUGCUGCCUCCAUCACCUCAGUGCGUGACAGCGAGGGCUCGAAUCAGUCGCUCUUGGUCCCUGCCCCAGCCUCUGCCGCGGUGCAUUGUCGAUUGAGCAGCCUCAGCAGCAUGUCGACUUCAACCGCCUCUUCACCGGCAAGUGGCGGCAGCAUGCACAGGUCAUUUUUGGACACAGACGAUGCGUACCCAUUGGUGAGUCAUGACUCCGCCAUGGCAGCGCUUUGCCGCAGUAUUCGCCAGCGGCUGCGCCGAGAGCUGCGGCGGAGCGUGAGCAGUGGGCCUAAUGCGCUGCUGCGACCACGAGACAACCAAGGCAGCGGCAACGGGGGUGGCGAUGGCGCGGCGCAAAAGGAAGGAAACGACCCACGGUAUUCUCCAUCUAGCCGGACGGUGUUGGCUUUCUCGCGCUCGUGGAGGUCGUUGUCUUUGGCCUCCUCCGUAGCGUCGCCAAUGCCCAGGGGGAGCGUGAGGGCUGCCGGUCUAGUUGGUGAGAGCGAAUGCGCUCCUGCACGUCGCGAUGGCGAGGAAUUCUUGGUGUCGCCACACUUGUCGAAGUGGCUUACUGACACAAAGUGUAGCAACCCGCUGCUUCCCCAGAGGCUAUGCGAGCAGCCGUCGCCGUCGCCGUCGCCGCUUGUAGGUCAUGCUUUGCCUCCUCCCUCGCAUCCGUACACGCUGACCCCUACGCCAAGAGCCCCGCCUGCGGAGCCCGCCGAAGGAGGUGAGGGCCCCAUUGCCUCCCAGUGGUUCCCCACAGCGCAGCCUUGGCGGGGGCACGGGCACCGACUCGCUGCUCCGCCGCCCGCCGGACCGGCUACUGCACAAAGACCAUCUCUCUCCACUGCCGUGGCGAGGCGGUGUCGCCGGCAUCAAGGAUCAAUGCACCUUAUCACGUCCCUGUCGCCUUACAGCAAUUCAGUCCAUGGCACCCGACGGUCCGCAAGCCAUUGCUGGUCGCGCAUCGCGACUCUAUCAACGUUGAGUCGGUCGCGAAGGUCGUCGUUGCUGCACUCCUAUGACAGUCAGCCAGCGCUGUAUUCGCUCCAACUUUCGGAACCCGAAUUGUCUGCCGCUUUCCUGUCCCAGUCUUUGCCUGCACAGACAACGUCGAGGCGCCCGAAAUGGAACCGCCCAGCAAGCGCCUAUACGCGACUCACGGCGGCACCAACGCAUGACGCCUGCAUAGCGCGCGUGUCGCACCCCCCUCUCUCACCAGCCAUCAGAUCGUCGCCGCUGCCGUAUCGGCGGCGGCUCUUCCAGGCCGGCUAG